UGAACAAAAUUAAAAUCAAAUUGAGAAUCUUUGACGUGUGCCAUCUUCUCUUCCAUCUUUUCACCCUUUUAACAGUCUUUAAUCUCCUUUGUUAUUCACUCUCCUUUUAUUGUACUAAGAAUACACAAAACCUCUUUCAUUUCUAUCUAUUCAACAACAUAGCCAUAGCCAUGCAACCGAAGAAGCUAGGGAGAGGGAGACCGAAGAAGCAAAAAAGGGAACGCUUGGACGAGGAAAGCAACAUAGUCAUACAACCCCGGAAGAUGGGUAGAACAAAAAAGCAGAAGAGGAAGGUGGGGAGACCAAAGAAGCAGAAAACAGAGAACAUGGACGAGGAUGGCAACCCUUCCCAUUCUGAGUCAACAACCAACAAUAACAACCAGUCACAGUCUUGGGCUGUCUCUGCUAGAAGUAGAAAGCAAAUAACACCAAAUUCCAACAUGAUUUCUGAUCGCUGUGAUUUGAGAUUUUCUAAAAGGCUUAUAGAAACUGGAGCAACAUCUCUGCCAAGAUGUUCAAAGCCUAACAUCUCAAGAGAACAUUCUUCUUCAUCUGAUAGCAUCCAACAACUUGAUGUAUCAGCCAACACAAUCAAUUCUGCAAAUCAAGUUCCAGAAGAAGGUUCUGAUCAAGUAGAAUCCAUGUCAAGAUACCUAGUACAAGUUGUUUAUCCUCUCACAAUGGAACCAGAGUUGGAGCAUAAAGAGGCUGAAAAUGUUGAAAAUUCAACAGGAGGUAUACCUGAGAAUAUGGGAGAAUUAGGUGAGGCUGAAAUGUCAUUCUCCCAUAAUUCAAAUAAAAUGGCUGGACAGAUUGCAUUAGAAGAAAAGGUCCCUCUUGAAAAGGAGUCUUUGUCAGGGAAAAUUCAAGCCUCAAAUAGGUUUGAGGAAAAUGCCCCUCUUGAAAAGCAGUCUUUGUCAGGGGAAAUUCAAGCCUCAAAUAGGUUUGAGGAAGUGACAAAUAUGAAGUCUAUUUCAAGGGCUGGAUGUCUAUCCCCAUCUUUUAGCCUCAAACUAACUGAAGUGGUUGACAUGGUCAGAAAUGAAGAUGGUGAUGAGGUUGAUUCAAAUGUACGAAGCCGGCCUGAGGAUACGAUUAAUGGAUACCAAGUGAAACCGGAAUUUAUGCCGAUGUUAAGAAAAAUUAUCGGUAAGCAUGGAGAUAUUGCUAAGAAUUGCUUGGCAAAGUCUGUAAAAUUCCGUUCGGUGUUGUUGGAGAUGAUCUGUGGAAUUAUAUCAGAUUUGGACGAAAAGAAUGUUAAAAACACCAGAGAAGAAGUCCUGAAAACCAAGAUUGAUCAGGUUGAUGAAAUAAAAAGCAUGAAAGUGGAGGUUGAAUGGCUUCGCACAAGGCUAGUUGAGGCACUUGACGCAAGGGAGAUUAUGAAGAAGUUUGUUAUGCUAAAAGAGAAAACAGACGAUAACAGGAAGCUCAUUGAAGACGUUGAAAGUGAAUUGAAAGAAUGUGAAGAAGAGAAGAAGGAAGCAUCAGAGAGGUUGAGAGAAAUAUGUGAUAAAGAGACUGCUUGCAAACAGAGAUUGGCCAUAGCGAAGGAAGAGUCUGCCACAAUAUCUACAACAGUUGGGUAUGCUAAAUCUAAAGUCAAACGCUUUCUGAAAUGCUCAGUGGUAGAUGGUUUGUUUUAGGAUUGCUUGUUGCAUUUAUAACUUUUUUCAUUUAAGACUAUGUUGUCUCCCAAGUCAUGCAUGACUUAACCAAUUACUCAUUGAAUUUGGUUACACGUAUUAUGCACGGUGAUUUGAAUUUCCAUAUGAAUGUGGCUGAGUGAUGUUUAAAAA